CAGAAAACGGACCAAGCUGCAUCGUCGGCGCCCAACAGUCGGUGCAGUUUGAGUGAAUCACCCGAAGUGUUUGGACAGGAAAUCCACGUUGCUCCGCUAAUCGCUUUAUUCUGCAGAAAAGUUUCCGCAAGGACCCUCCCAAAACUAGUGAAAAAAUGUACGGCAAUCGUCAGCAAUCGUCCGGAGGAUUCCGAGGAGGCAACCAGGGUGGUGGCCGUUCCAUGAAUGGAGGUGGCUUCCGCGGUGGCGAUCGCAACUCGGGUGGAUCCCGUGGCGGAAUGGGUGGAGGCGGUGGUUUUGGCGGCAAUCGAGGUGGUGGAUUUGGCGGCGAUCGGCAAGCCAACAACGGUGCCUCGCUGCGCACGCUAAAGUGGACAAACGAAGAGCUGACCCCGUUCGAGAAGGACUUCUACAAACCAUCGGAUUUUAUUACCAACCUCUCGGAGGGCGAAGUGAAGGGAUACCUGGACAAACUGGAAAUCACGCUCAAAGGCAAGAACAUUCCCCGGCCCAGUAUGGAAUUUGAUCACGGUGGUCUACCGGACUACAUCCUGGAGGAAGCGAACAAGCAAGGCUUCGCCAAACCCACGGCUAUCCAGGCUCAGGGCAUGCCAAUUGCCCUAAGUGGGCGUGACAUGGUGGGAAUCGCUCAAACAGGCUCGGGAAAAACGCUGGCUUACAUUGCCCCAGCAUUGGUGCAUCUUACGCAUCAGGAUCAGCUUCGUCGCGGAGAAGGUCCGAUCGCACUUGUACUGGCACCAACGCGUGAGCUGGCUCAACAAAUUCAACAGGUUGCCACGGAUUUCGGACAGCGAAUCAACGCAAACAAUACCUGCGUGUUUGGAGGCCCGAAGGGACCGCAAAUCCGUGAUUUGGAACGUGGUGCGGAAAUUGUCAUUGCCACACCUGGUCGUUUGAUUGAUUUCCUCGAACGAGGAAUAACUAACCUGCGUCGGUGCACCUAUCUGGUGCUUGAUGAAGCUGACCGCAUGCUUGAUAUGGGUUUUGAACCACAAAUUCGUAAAAUCAUGGGACAGAUCCGUCCCGAUCGCCAAGUGCUCAUGUGGUCCGCCACAUGGCCCAAAGAAGUUCGCAACCUGGCAGAAGAAUUUUUGAACGAUUACAUUCAGAUCAACAUUGGAUCGCUGAAUUUGUCUGCAAAUCAUAACAUUUUGCAAAUUGUUGAUGUUUGCGAGGACUACGAGAAGGACCAGAAGCUCGCGAAGCUGCUGACGGAAAUCUCUGCGGAGAAUGAGACAAAGACGAUUAUCUUCGUCGAAACAAAACGGCGGGUGGACGAUAUCACCCGCAACAUCAACCGUAACGGUUGGAGAGCCGUGUCAAUUCAUGGCGACAAAUCGCAGCAAGAGCGCGAUUACGUUCUGAAUGCAUUCCGAAAUGGACGCCAGGGUAUUCUGGUGGCCACUGACGUCGCUGCACGUGGACUUGAUGUCGAAGACGUGAAGUUUGUAAUCAAUUACGACUACCCGUCAAACUCAGAAGAUUACGUCCACCGUAUUGGUAGAACCGGCCGUUCUAACAAUACCGGCACCGCAUACACGCUGUUCACCAAUUCCAACGCAAACAAGGCCGGCGACCUCAUCAACGUCCUUCGGGAGGCCAAUCAGGUUAUCAACCCUAAGCUAGCUGAAAUGGCCAAACCGGGCAUGAACAGACACGGACAACGUCACAACAGGUACGGAAACCGCUACGGAGGUCAGCAGAACAGGCCACCACGCGACGGAGGCUUCGGUGGACAGCGCAACGAUGGAGGCAACCGUUUCGGCGGCGGUGGCAUGAACAACGGAAACAAAUUCGGCGGACCGCGCGGGGAUGCUGGCGGUGACAAGUACGGUUCGAAACCGGCUCAGAACGGUGGCUACCAGCAACGUGAUCAGAACCGAAUGCCCAAUGGAUCUGGACCACCAUCGGGAGCCCGUCCGAGUCGAUUCUCUGCUCCGGCCAACGCACCUCCAUCAUUCUCGUCCAGUUCAAACGGUGGGAACAAUUACAAUAAGGGUAAUUACCAGAACGGUGGCUCUUCCGGCGGAAACAGUGGUCCAACAAGCAAUGGUUACGGAUCGUACAAACCUUACACAUCUGCACCUCCGUCCCAAAAUGCUAACGGUGGAGCGUCCUUUGGCGGAUACGCCAGAAGUACGCAGGCCGCUCCUGCCGCGUACCCGUCGUUCGGUGGUGCUCUGCCACAACCUGGACAAGCAUUUGCAUUCCCCCCACCUGCAGUUGCGAUGAAUUAGGUCUUUUAAGUUAAUCAUCCCUUGAAUUCAUUCUUAUCUCAUAAUUAUUUUAUUGACACCAUCUAAUCCAUAGAACAAGUGUGAUUACUUAGUUUUACCUGUGAACAUGAUACAAAACCUAGCAAACGAAGUAUCUAGGAUUAAGGACGUCCUAUUUAUUUAAUUGAUUGUUAUUAGCAGGUACUGAUUCAAAACAAAGAAUGUAAGAAUUUGCACUUUCAUGUAGCUGCGAGUUGGGUUUUUACCUUUUCUUCUUUUUUUACUAUCCUCGAUGCGAUUGAUUAUAUAAAUGUGAUAAUGGUAGUACAUAAAAUCCACCAAACAAAACAAAAAAAUCAGAAAUUAUUUCUGUGUUCCACUUUUCUCGAAUGAGAACCAAUUCGCAAAUUUGUAUUUAUUAUAAUUUGUGUGGAGGCUGCCCUGCGUUGACGCGAGGGAUCUACUGUGAAUUUAAUAGAUGUAUGAUGUGAAAUGGAAGUGGUGGUUGGAUGUGUGAAUAAUAGGAAAUAAAUUAAGUAAAAAAUACGAAACUUACAGAUUUUGAAAUUCACACGAAAACAUUGACAAAUGUGUGGAAAGCAGCAAAAUUAUCAACCAGUUGCUCAUUAGUGGGUAGUUUGGGUUUUUUUUACGUAUUCUAACGAUAAGGUUCAAUCCGUUUUGAAUAGCACUGUAAUCCACACAUUGAAUCUCCUAUGUAGUUUGGAAAUAGUGUACUAACUAACCCCAUUCCUUGCAGCAAUUAGUAUGUACUAAAAAAAACUCUGAAUCAUGUGAUUUGUUUUGCUGAAGUUUUCACUUUAGUGGAAUAAAAGCCAUUUCUUGGAGUAACACAAAUGGUACAAUAAAAAAGUGGUAACAAAAUAAUACAAA